UUUGAAACUGCUUCCUCCUGCCCUUUCUUUCUUCACGAUCUCCGCAGAUUCCAGCAUUUCCUUUUCCCCACAAUCUCUAAUUUUGUUUUUAUCUUCCCUUUCCUAAGAGAAUUUGGUUUUCUUUUUGUAAAUUUGUUGAUAAGGAGCCAUGAGUACGGGGGAUCUUAUCAAUAUUCAACCAACAGAGCUUAAAUUCCCAUUUGAAUUGAGGAAGCAAAGCACAUGUUCUAUGCAAUUGACCAACAAGACCGAAAAAUAUGUUGCCUUCAAGGUUAAAACAACCAACCCCAAGAAAUAUUGUGUCCGUCCCAACACUGGUGUUGUUAUGCCUGGAAGUACAUGUAAUGUCACUGUUACGAUGCAAGCUCAAAAGGAGGCACCUCCUGACAUGCAGUGCAGGGACAAGUUCCUCCUCCAGAGUGUGGUUGCUCCAGAGGGUACAGCUAACAAGGACAUAACUUCAGAAAUGUUUAACAAGGAAAAUGGUCGGGUUGUGGAGGAAUUCAAAUUGCGGGUCAUUUACAUUCCUGCUAAUCCCCCCUCUCCUGUUCCUGAAGGAUCUGAGGAGGGGACUCCUCCCAGAGCAUCUAUGCAAGAAAAUGGGAACCAAAAUGUUUCAUCAUAUGAGGAUGUAUCAAGAUCUUUAGAGGAGACAAAAGAAAAGUCCUCAGAGGCAUGGUCUCUGAUCUCAAAGUUGACAGACGAGAAAUCUUCUGCUUUGCAGCAAAAUAAGAGGCUACUUCAAGAACUGGAACUGAUGAGAAAAGAAAUUAGUAAAAGUCGUGCUGGUGGCUUCUCUCUAUCGUUUGUGGUGCUACUUGGUUUUCUUGGAUUCCUGAUUGGCUAUCUCAUAAAGAGAGUUUAGAAAGAACUGCAGUUGGAACCAUCUGUUAUUCAAAAAUCUGGGUGCAAGCAGUAAUUGGCUGCCUUGUUUUAAUUUUUUUUUUGUCCCGGACUUUUAGGUCCUUGCCUUUUAGUGUGUAAAAAUCGUAGCCCCGAUAAUGUGUUAAUCAUAGUGAAAUGAUUGAUUGCUCAAGUUUGAACAGGUGAAUUGAGUCUGUGGUGGUUAGAUAGUUGCAAAAGCUUAUGUAAACUAAGAUAUUCUUAAUGAAUUUGCCUUUUCCUUGCA